AGCACGAUUGAGGCGUACUCGACUCGCCUUUAGUGAGGCAAGACUCAGUGACCGGCUAGUGUCCGUGGCGCGCGGCUGCACACGACUCCGCCUUCUCUUCGGAACGCCCCCGCCCCACCCCGCCCCGCCCUCACAGCGCACAUCCCGCCGAGGUCAAACGACAGCAUGCGUGCCCCGCCGCUGUCGCCGGUGCUGCUCGCGGUGCUCGUCGCGGUGCUCGCGGGUGGCGCCGCUGCUGUGCCCGCCGCCCGGCCCGGCUACAUCGAGUGCGUGGACAGCAGCGAGUGCGGCCCCUGGGAGUGCUGCGUGCUCGGCGGCGGCCGCUUCAGCCUGCCCCGGUGCGCGCCCGUGUCGGACGUCGGCGACCCCUGCCGACCCGGGGCCCCGUACGGCGCCGUCCAGCCCAUCAACACCACCGUCGUGUACCCGGACGGCACCGUCGUCAACCUGCCCGCCGUCUACCUGCACAUGUGCCCGUGCGCCAACGGGCUCAGCUGCGACCGGCCGGACGCCGUCUGCGUCGCGCCGACCGAACACGAGCUCAAUGCCCUGUGAGCGACGUCGAAACGGUAUCCGAACGAUUGCGCCAUCUCGUCAUCGUUUAUUCAAACUGUAUUCGCUACUUCCAAUUUAUUUACCUAGAGUAUAAAUCAAACCGGCCGUUAAAAAAAAAAUCAGUAAAAUAUGAAAUGGGAUUUUAAUAAAUGAUAAUAAAGUGAUAA